AUGGAGCUCCACUCCCUUGCUAAGAAGAGCAGCCAGGCUGUCCUGUGCGAUGCUGGGGACUGGCAUUCAGGAGGCCCUCCUGAUGGCCAGGCAGAUGCAGCAGCCAUCAAAGCUGCUCUCUGCUGCCAGAGACACUGUACGUCAACACCAAAAGCAGCUGAGAUUGAAGGAUCUAAACUUAGUCCUUCUCCAGCAUCCCCCUCCUCCUCUUUGCAAGACAGAGUUAUUCAGACAGACUCCUUGCCACCAGGACCUCUCAACUCAGGGAACAACCAAAUAACAGCAGGGCGGAAAGUCUGCAACUGCUGCAGCCAGGAAUUAGAAACUUCUUUUACCUGUGUGGAUGAGAAUGUCAACUUAGAGCAAAGGAACCGAUGCUCCCCUUCAGCAAAAGGGAGCAAUCACCUGGGAGACGUUGGCUGGGGAAAUCCAAACGAGUGGUCCCAUGAGGCUGCCGUAUCCUUGAUAUCCGAAGAUGAGGAUGAUGUAAGUUCGGAAGCCACAUCUUCAGGGAGGUCAGUUGACUAUGGUUUCAUCAGUGCCAUCUUGUUCUUGGUCACUGGCAUCUUGCUGGUGAUCAUCUCUUACAUUGUUCCACGGGAAGUGACUGUGGAUCCCAACACCGUGGCGGCCCGGGAGAUGGAACGCUUGGAGAAGGAGAGCGCAAGGUUGGGGGCUCACCUGGAUCGCUGUGUGAUUGCGGGACUCUGCCUGCUCACUCUUGGGGGGGUCGUUCUGUCCUGUUUGCUGAUGAUGUCUAUGUGGAAGGGGGAGCUAUAUCGUCGCAACAGGUUUGCCUCUUCCAAAGAGUCUGCAAAACUCUAUGGUUCUUUCAACUUCAGGAUGAAAACCGGCACGAAUGAAAACACCUUGGAACUGUCCUUGGUAGAAGAAGACGCUCUUGAUGUACAGAGUUAA